AUGGGAGUGGAGUCUACUUCAAUUAAGAGUAUCCUUCGUGUUCGACCACCGCACAAAGACAAAAGACUACGAGUAAAGGACAGAGCGGUUUAUGUAGAUAAGAAUGACCAGGAGGAGCUGUCUUUUCUUUUUGACGCCGCGUACAAAAGCAAUAGCACGCAAGAGGAUAUAUACCAUGACAUAGAGGCGUACUUAGACAACAUAGCAAGAGGAAUAAACACAUCAAUACUUGCCUAUGGUGCCACGGGCUCUGGCAAGACAUACACAAUGUGCGGGUCUUCAGAGAAUCCAGGUAUUAUUCCAAGAAUAGCGGCAGACCUAUUUGGAAGGUACACAGAGACUCUUUCUGUUCUGUUCAAGGUUCAGAUUGAAAUGUCCUACAUUGAAAUAUAUAAUGAAAAGGUGUACGAUCUUCUCGCAGAAGAGCCCGUCUCUCUUCCUGUAAGAGAAGACUCGCACGGGAAGGUGGUGAUACAGGGCGUUUUGGAAGAAAAGGUGAGAAAUAAGAAUGAUUUCGAAAGUCUAUUCAAAAAAGGUGGGCAAAGAAGAAAGCAGCGAAAAACUCUUUUAAACACAGAAAGCAGCAGAAGUCAUGCGAUUGUAACCCUUUUUGUCACUCUUUCUACGGAGUCCACAAUGGUCAGAACAAAAAUAAAUCUAGUUGACCUGGCGGGCAGCGAAAACAACAAAAGAACAGGGAAUGAGGGCAUGAGCAUGGUAGAAAGUGCAAGCAUAAACAGAAGCCUUUUUGUACUGAAUAAAGUAAUUGAGAGUCUGGGAAAAGGCAACGCGCGGAUUCCGUACAGGGACAGCAAGCUGACAAGAAUACUCCAAGACUCUCUUGGCGGCCUAAGUGACUGUGCCCUUAUUGUAAACAUCCAGGGGGACUCUUCAGCGGAAACAGUCAGCACACUUGCAUUCUCCGGAAAAAGUAGGAAAGUCAAGCUAAAGCCACAGAGUGAAAAAAUAGCGUUUAACAAAUGGACAAGUAUAGUCAAGGAAAAGACGCUUUCCCAAUCCAGACUGCCCACUAGAGGGUACUCUGGCGACGGAACCUUUCCGGGCGGAAAACGAAUUAAAGGCAGCAUGCCAUUAGGGUUUAAUAGAAGCUAUGAAAACCAUGAUUCAAAUAAUAAUACAGAAAGAAGAGAGGAGAAGAAGACAAGCAAAAAAUCUACACUAUCCCACAACAAAAACGAACCAAAGGAAAAGAAAAGAACUGCAAAGCAUUGCAAAAAGCAGAGCAUAGAGAUUGUUUUAGAGAUUGUAAAUAGUGGAGAUUUUCUGCGAAUAAAAUCUCUUCCUAUGAUAGGAGAUCAAAGGGCAGAAAAGAUUAUAAAGUAUGCACAGAAGAAACCAAUUACAGAUAUCAAUGAGCUACUUCUGGCAGGAAUUACAAAGAAAAUACUUGCUAAUCUGGUGUUUUAG